UCACUUCCACAAGCUCGGGAGACACCGUCUGAGCCUGCGCUUCGUCUACUCUUGUGUCAGCAGGACGCCUUCCGCCGCUUGCCCGCGGAUAACGAGGAAACCUAACGAAGGCCGCCCACUUCCUCCGGCGGCUCGUCGCGGUGGCCCUCACCGGCGAGAUCCAGAGCGUGCGUGCCACCGAGGAGGACGAUCUCCACCACCGUGUGACAGUAGAAACCAUAAACCCUAGGUGGUGUUGAUCGUAUCUCGUAGGGGAGCUUUUGUUGCAUUGCGGAAAGAAGAGGCAGAAUCCUCAAGAAAGCAAAUGAAUUUUUUGGAAUGGACAAAUAUAUAAAACAAGGAGACGACCGACAAAGGAAGCUUUGCCUAAUAGCCUCUGAGAUGUCUUUGCAGGAAAGUCUCAAUAGAUUUCAGCGACAGCAGGAGAAGUGCCAGACAAUUCUCACCCGUAUAACAACCCGAGCUACACUUCCAAAGGUCGUUCAGUCGCACAAAGCAACACCUGCAAGCAAUUCAUUGGCUCCUUCAACAGUAACUGCAUCAGUGAAAUUCUCAAAUGAUACGGAAAGGCUACAACACAUUAAUGCUAUUAGAAAGUCUCCUGUUGGUGCACAACUUAAACGGGUUAUUGGCCUCCUCUUUGAGACGAGGCAGACUCUCACACCAGAAGAGAUAAAUGAAGCAUGCUAUGUUGACAUAAAUUCCAACAAGGCCCUUUUUGAUAGUUUAAAGAAUAACACUAAAGUACAUUAUGAUGGGAAGCGCUUCUCAUACAAGUCCAAGUAUGAUCUGAAGGGAAAAGAUCAACUCCUUUCACUGAUAAGGAAGUACCCAGAGGGACUUCAAGUUAUGGAGGUCAAAGAUUCAUAUCCAUCUGUUUUGGAAGACAUGCAGGCUCUGAAGGCAGCUGGUCAGAUCUGGCUACUGUCCAACAUGGACUCUCAGGAGGACAUUGUCUACCCAAAUGACCCCAAGGUGAUGAUCAAGGUGGACGAUGAUAUAAAGCAGCAUUUUCGUGAGAUCGAGCUACCGAGAGACAUGGUGGACAUCGAGAAGGAGCUCCAAAAGAAUGGCAUGAAGCCCGCCACCAACACCGCAAAGAGGCGGGUCAUGGCACAAUUUCAUGGAAUCACCUCCAAGCCUAAGCCAAAGAAGAAACGGGAAAUUACCAAGAGGACCAAGCUAACCAAUGCCCAUCUUCCUGAACUCUUCCAGAACUGAACGUUUCAAUUUCUUAGUGCGGAACUACACCCCCUUCAUUAAUUUCUCAUAGGCAUGAGUAGUACCCAAACUGCCUCUCAUGUCUGAUAGAAGCUUGUAAUAGCAAUUAAUUACGUUUACUGACUGGAGAUAUAUUCCCUUUGCGGAUAUAUGCUCUAGUACAAUGUAAUUAAUCUCUAUUUUGCUUCCAUCGAUGGUGUUAAUGCCAAGGGGCAACAGGAGCUUUGCCUCCUCUCUCGUUGCAACA